AUGGAUGUUUCUUCCACUUCCGAAGAUGAAAUAACCAUCUUGAACACUUGGGCCCUGGGUGUCACUCAUGUGGCAUGUGAUUAUACGGAACAGAAGUUCAAUGCAGAGAAGACAGGAGGAGACCCAGUCAUACCUUCUCCGAACCUAGACACUGAUCUGGUGAUGGCUUGUGAUCAAUUGGUUGAUCGGCUCAUAAAGGCAUAUAAAAAUCCCAUUCAGAUGCCUAUGGAUGUUGCAAGAUAUAGCAAAUUGAUCUCCCCGAAGGACACAGGACAUAAUGAAGAGAGAGAGGCGAGGUUGCUGGAGAGGUGUCCUCCUGGCCAUGAGGGCACAAAGUUGAUCGACAUACCCGCGACAAUUGUUGAUGCAUCCGGUGCAAUCAUCGCAUGGUACCUCCCGGACGCCCUGACAGAUGCCACCCAGAAGGAAAUUUGGGCGGCCUCAGAUUUGCUUUCUCCCAUGCUUGGAAAAAGUGUGAAGCUCGAUGGGAUUUGGCGUACAAAUCAAGAGUGGUUCAAACCAAGCUCAGAAAAUGAUGUCCUGACUCCCGGAUGCAUCAAUCUAUCUCCCGCAUGGUUCCAACAAAUAGCCAACUAA